AUGCUCAAUCCAUGCAGGUCCGCGGUGGUGUCUUGGCUGCUGGUCGUCGCAGCCACGAGCACAACCGCGAAGCUGAAUUGUCCGCUCUACGGCCUGGGAUACCCGAAACCCACCAACUUGCUCGCCAGUCAGGGGAUCAAGGGCGCCGCGAGCGCCCUCGACUCCGUGUUCCCGCAGUUCAUCGAUAAUGCGAACGGGACGGGCUCAGCGCGCUUCUCGUACAGCGUUGAAGUCUUCUCCGCGAGCGAGGACAAUGCGCCGCUAUGGAGCCAUUACUGGACGGCCAAGAACCUCGCCAUGAUGAACACCACGGGCGUCAAGAAGAUUGACGGCGAUACGGUGUAUCGGAUCGGGAGUCUGACCAAGGUCUUCACGAUGCUGACGUUCCUGGCUGAAGUCGGGGAUUCCGUCUGGAACGACCCGAUCGCCAAGUAUAUCCCCGAGGUCGCGGAUAUGGCGGCGAAUAGUUCCGGGAGCUCGCAUUCGCUGACGACCCCGGAUUGGGGAUCGAUUACCAUCGGCUCGCUGGCUAGUCAGAUCUCUGGGUUGAUGAGAGAUUGCAUGCCGAAUCUGACGAGCGGCGAUAUCCCGCCUUGUGGGAGUAAUCCGGUGUGCAGCAGAUCGCAAUUCUUCAACGGCCUGACGAAACUACCCCCUGCCUUCCAGCCCUUCGUCACGCCAGCGUAUUCAGACGUCGGAUACGUCCUGCUCGCCUACGCGCUGGAGAAAAUGACCGGAAGAUCGUUCCAGGAGUCCUUCGAGGAGAAGGUCAUCAAGCCCCUGAAUCUGACCCGCACGUUCUACAGGGCGCCUGCGGAUUCCCUCGGCGUGAUACCCGGCGACAGGUGGAAGACGACGUGGGCGUUUUUCAUGGGGAAUGAAUCACCUACAGGGGGUCUGUAUAGCUCGUCGACAGACAUGGCGAAAGUGGGGAGAGCGAUUUUGAAAUCUACUUUGUUCCCUGGACCCGUCACGCGCCGCUGGUUGAGGCCCGUGACAUUCAGUUCGGACCCUUCGUCCUCGGUGGGCAGUCCCUGGGGCGUCAGGAGAUUAACGCUGAUAGGGCAAAACUCAACCUACCAAUUUGCCACAACUUUCAACAAACUAGGCAGCAUAGGCACGUACUCGGCCCUGCUCGCCGUGAUCCCGGACUUCGACAUCGGCUUCAGCGUCGCCGCGGCGGGCGAAAUCCCCGCGGCCCUAGUAACCAGCAUCGCGGAUACUCUGGCGAAGACAUAUCUCCCGACACUGCAGGGUGUCAGCCGUCUCCAAGCGAACGCGUCAUACGCAGGAUACUACAAAAGCGAAACAAUCAACUCCUCUGUCACCAUCUCCGUCGACGCCACCGCGCCAGGACUGGGCGUAGGGAACUGGAUGAGCAACGGGACGAGCAUGAUGGGAUUAUCCGUGGCGCUGUCCUCGAACAUCUCCCGCGACUACUGGGACGCCAUGCAGCCUAGCGUCCGCUUAUAUCCCAGCGGGCUCUGGGACGCGCUGCCGAACGGCGGGAAGAAGGUCGGGUUCAAAGCUACCUUUGAGGACCUAGCGGGGCCGAGUGUGGCCGAGAUGUAUACCACGGAUUGCUCGACGUGGAUCGGGAUGUCGGGCAUCGUGUAUGGAUCGCAGCCGCUGGACGAGUUUGUCUUCGAGCUUGAUAAGGACGGGGUUGCGGUCGCGGUGGAGAAUGCUGCGCUUAGGAGUCGGAUGGUCAAGGUUGUUUGA